CUGGGUGACGUGAUUUCAGCUGGUAUGUCUCAAAGUGAAGGAUGGCUGCGGCCAGCCGGAUACCUGGAGCAGGUGCAAAGUAAAUUAUAUGACGAUCAUAACUUCGGCAUCAGCUACGUGCUUCGAAUAGUUACAUCUCGAGAAGUGAACGACUGUGAUGUGAAGCAAGCCUUCAUCCAUCUCCUCAGGAAGACCAUCAACUUGAGGAUGUUGCCCAAAAUGAGAGGCGGUCAUCUCUGGAUGAGGGAGCUGCAACACGAGGAACUUGAUUUUCAGACGCUCAAUAAUGAAGAUGUCAACGCUGUGUACCACAACAUGGCGACCUACAGGUACAACAUGGACGUUGGCCCGGCGUGGGCCGUGCGUUUCCUCCCGCUCUCACCCAAACAAGAUGACUAUAUCAAGCAAACGACCAUGGAAAACGCGGAUACAAAACUCAAAACACUGCCUCACGUCAGCCACAUUGUGAUGAGCUUCCACCACAGCAUAACCGACGGCUGCACUAACGUGCGCCUCAUCCGACAUGUCUUGAUGAUAUUGAACGAUGUUAUAGCGGGGAACCCAAUAGAUGAUUUCCAACAGUAUGCUCAAAUGCUUGAUAUAAAGAAGCAAGAAUCAAUUUCAGAACAAUUGGAAACUGCAUUCAAGAAUGACCCCGACCUGUUGAAAACCCGGGUAGAGUCUCUGAUGAGGUCGUUUCCCGAGGCCUUGCUUGGCAAAGCGUAUCCGCAGCCUUCGAAAAGGCCACCAAAAAUGGUGUGCAUUCCUCGCAUUCUUGACAGUAGAAGUACGGUAAACUUUAUUAACCGUUGCAAGAAAGAAGGCAUUACAGUUCACACAGGAUUCAGCUCGGUGAUCGAGGCUAGCAUCGUCCAAGCUCUGGUGGAUGCAAACUGUCUACAAGAUGAAUUCACCAUUGGGGGACUUCACUGUAUCGACCAGCGACGCUACUUUAACGAUGCUGAAAACGCGUAUGGUAACGGCUACGGCAUAAUGGAUGUCACCUCUGAUGUAUCUAAGGAUAUUGUCGCAAACUUCUGGAGCCAUGCUAAGCAGUACCACGCCAAAUUUAAGGACCAACAGAGACGAAUGAACAGCAUGGAACUUGAAGUGAUAAAUAAGCUGACCGGAAAAAACCCACUUGUGUUCAUUGCCACUCAGGGCAUCGACUAUCCUCUUCCGAGAGUUGCUCCGUACGUAACCACAAACGUGAGAGACGUUACAAAGAUUUUAAGUAACUUUGGACAGAAUGUCGAUUUAAUUUACUACGACUGGAUGUCUGCGGUGCAGGAAAUUGGAUAUGAGUGGGUAAGCUCUAUUCACACUUUCAACAGACAACUCCUGCAUAACUUGCAUUAUAAUACGCAACUGAUGGACGAAGCACUCGCUCUCAAAAUCGCUGAUUCGAUUUUUGAAAUUUUGAGGCAGGUUGUCGAACAGCCCUAAGGCAAUUCAAUAUCUGUAACCUUCAUUUGAAAUAAAAUCAAUCAAGUCUUCGUCCAUUUCACCCGGCGGUUGACAAAACGGUGAACUGAGAACCUAUGGAUAGACACUCAAGAAGCCUGCAACUUGACAUGCACUUAUAGACUAGGAAAUGAAUUACUGCAUUAUGUCUAAUUCCUAAUCAACCUUCAUCUCGCUACUGCAGUCAUACAUGGUGCAAAGAUACAAAUCUUCCUUGAAAUACGCCAAACUUUGAAUUAUUAAGGGGGCGGUAUACCCUAAAAUUUUCGGAU